AUGGUUGGUGGGAUCAUCGGUUUGAUAGCAACCGUAUAUCUCAAACCAAGGCGAAAUCGCUUUAAUGAGGAUAGUGUUCAUCAAAUGAGUUCACCAACGAAUGCUCUGCUUGGAACGUUUCUGCUCUGGUGGGGUUGGUUUGGUAUUAAUGCCGGGUCUGUGUGGGGAAUCACUAAUGGAAGGUGGAGGCUUGGUGCCAGGUAAAC